ACAGCGGCAGUUGUCAUGGCGAUGAAGCCAACUCCAGCGUUUGCUCCGGAGCUUGUUGCCAUGGAGAUCCCAGUACGAGGUGCGCUCCCGGUGCUGGAGGAGGACGAGGACUUAACUGCUCCGCCCGCCGGGACCGAGGAGCGGCUCCGGUACCGCCGAGCAGGAGGCAGACGGCGGCGCGGGGCUCCGUUCACCCGGAGCGGAUACUACAUGCUUAUAGUGAUCGGAGAGAUUAGCACGGAGCAGCAGCUGGAGUGUGUCAGAGCGCACGUCGAGCGCGGAAUCCGAUCGUGGGAUGUCGACCUGAAAUCCUGCGACCUUGAUCAGCAGCUGCAGCUGUUUAUAACUCGACACUCUGCCCAUUUCUCCUCCGAAGUCAGAGGACAAAGGACUCUCCACCACAGGAGUGAUGUCCUAGAGACUGUGGUUCUUGUUAACCCGUCUGAAGACACAGUUAUAUCAGAGAUCCAGUCUCUAAUCGCAGACUCUGCAGGACACAAGCUCCUGAUUUUGAGCGGUCAGAGCUCAGAUCACGGCGGCCUCUUUCUUCAAACUGGAGUUUUCACCUACCACACCUUCACACGUGUCUUUACUGAUUCUGGGGUCAGUGAAUUUCUGGCAACAGCAGUCCCCAAGCAGCAGGCAACACUUACUGUGUCCUGCCGCGGGGAGCUGGGCUGGAGCUCCCUGGAACAGCACGAGACCCUGCAGGAGUUCUUUGAAUACAAACUAAACCCUGAACCAUUUCUCCCCAAGAUGGAGGGUGUCACAGAGUUCACAGAGUACAUCUCUGAAACGGUUGAUGUCCCUUCACCGUUUGACCUCCUGGAGCCGCCCACCUCUGGAGGCUUCCUCAAACUGUCCAAACCAUGCUGCUACAUCUUCCCUGGUGGAAGAGGAGACUCUGCUCUCUUUGCUGUGAAUGGCUUCAACAUCUUAGUGGAUGGAGGCUCUGAGCGGAAAUCCUGCUUUUGGAAGCUAGUUCGUCACUUGGACCGCAUUGACUCAGUGCUUCUAACGCACAUUGGCGCAGACAAUCUCCCUGGUAUCAACGGACUUCUGCAGAGGAAGCUCGCGGAGCAGGAAGAGGAGCAGUCUCAAGGAUCCACCAACUACAGUGACUGGAUGAAGAAUCUGAUCUCUCCAGAACUUGGUGUGGUAUUUUUCAACGUACCCGAGAAGCUUCGCAUGUCAGAGUCACAUCUUAAAGUCAAGCGUAGCAUCGAGGAGGCUUCACUUACUUUGCAGUACCUUAACAAGCUUGGAAUCAAGCCUGAGCCUCUCUUUCGAGUGGUUAGCAACACUAUUGAACCCAUUACCCUCUUCCACAAGAUGGGAGUGGGCAAGUUAGACAUGUAUAUUUUAAAUCCAGUGAAAGACAGUAAAGAGAUGCAGUUUUUAAUGCAAAAGUGGGCCGGCAACAGCAAGGCAAAAACCGGUAUUGUCCUGCCAAAUGGAAAAGAAGGAGAAAUAUCUGUGCCCUAUCUAACUUCAGUUACAGCAUUAGUCGUGUGGCUUCCUGCCAACCCUACAGAAAAGAUUGUCAGAGUGCUGUUCCCUGGAAAUGCACCACAAAACAAGAUCCUGGAGGGCCUAGAGAAAUUAAAGCACCUUGACUUUUUGCGUUAUCCUGUAGCCACACAAAAAGACAUUGCUGCAGGAGCGCCUCCCUCUGUCCUAAAACAGACAAAGUUGAAACAAAGAACUGACAGCAAAGAGAGUCUAAAAUCUUCGCCAAAAACAGCAGCGAAAACCACAAAGAAAGAAAGUGAUGGACAAGAUGAGGUGUCAGCUGCCACAGAGGCCAAGAGUGAUUCUGUAAAGGAAAACAUAUCUGAGAAAAAAGUGACCAAAACACUCAAAUCCAAAAGUGACGUGCCAGAAAAGAAAAAACUCUUGAAAGAGAAGACCAUAAAAAAGCACACCAAGGAAAGGGUGUCAAAAAUGGAUGAGAAAAAAGACAAGGAAAAGAAAGAAAUCAAGAAAGUAAAGAAAGAUGAGUCCUCUAAAAAAGACGAGAAGAAAGAUGUGAAGACCAAAGAGGACAAAAAGAAGGACACAUCCAAGCCUGAGCUGCGAAAAAUUACUAAGCCUGAUCUUAAACCCUUGACACCUGAAGUGAGAAAGACACUGCACAAAGCAAAAGUGUCACAUAAAGUGAAAACGGGCAAAACAAAAGCAGCCAAGAUUACUGGAGCUGCCGAAGUCAAGUCAAAAGAACCGAUUCCUGAAAAGACUCAGGCUGAACCAAUCGAGAACGGAGCUGUCGAGAGCACAUCUGCUCCCUCCACGCCAGAGGACCUCACAAAGGACUUUGAGGAACUGAAAAAAGCUGAAGCUGUUCCUACUUCAUUUGUACCACUGGUUGAUACUGAAGCUGCCUUAGAGACAAUGAGACAAACUCUGACAGAAGAGAAGGAGGAAGCAAAGGAGGAGACUGAAGAAAAAGACAAGAAACCCACAGUUGAGACAGCUGGCGAUUUAGAAACAGAGGAUCAGAAACUUGAGGAUGAGGGAGCAGCAACUCAAGAUGAGGAGGAGGAGGAAGGGGUACAGCGUCCUGUCAGGCAAACAAAGGAAGAGGAUGAGGAGGAGGAUAUGGGAAUAGGAGAGGAGGAAGAUGAGUCAAAAUGGAAGGAAGUAAAGGACGACGAACUUGACAGGAAACACGAGGUCGAAGAAAUGGAGAAAUCAGAAAUUCUCUUGGUUAAGGAGACAAAAGUGGGGGAGGAGGAAGAAGUGGAGGAGGCAGUGGAAAAAGCAGAGUUAGAAGAGGUAGAAGAUUUAGAUGUGAUAGCAGAUGAAGAGAUAGAAAUCAAACCAGAAGAUUCUCCUGAAAAGCAAAGAGCCAGUGUUACAGAAAUCAAAAUUACUGAAAUCUUGACAACAGCCAAAGAUAAAGAGGAGGAGGAGGAAGAGGAGGAGGAGGGAUAUCUUUCACAUGUGGGAGGAGCCACUGCUCCCAUAACAUCAGUAGCUGAAGGAGCCACUGUCGCACAGCCUGUCUCCUACAUCCAUGAUGAAGCCAUUCCUGGUUACUCUGAGACCGAACAGACCAUCUCUGACGAGGAGAUCCACGAGGAGGCGGAGGAACGGAUACCACACCUUCAGUAUGAUGUCGGAGUCUACGAUAUCUCUGUUCCAGAUCAGACUGUCUCAUUUGUAGACAUUCAUGGCAUGAAGGAGAUGCAAGCUGCAGCUACGUCGAGCAAGGGUUUGAUACCGUGUGUGCACGAGCAAGUGUCUGCGUUCACCAACAUCAUCACGGCCCCUUUGGCAGAAGAGGAACACGUGUCUUCUGCGACGUCCGUCACAGAGUAUGACAAACUCUCGUCCUUCCCCACGUCUGUUGCUGAGGACCAUUCUACGGCAUCGAUCCCAGCACCUCUGACUGAGGAAGCUGCCAGACGCACUCCAGAUACCGUCGAUGCCGUUGCCCUCCCAAGCCCGAGCGACAUAUCCCAGGGCAAGGAGCAGCCUCGCUCUGCUGGAACCCUCUCACCGCCUUCAUUAGAGGAGGACAAACACUCAAAGUCACCGUCUGAUGACUUACAGAUUGGCGACGAGGACACCGUGAAGGUGGUUAAGGUUUGUGAUGCUCCUCAUGCCGAAGAGGAAGAGGAUGAGGAGGAGGAAGAAGAGGAAGACCAAACUCCUAAUGUGGACAUUUCUCUGGAAAAACUCCAAGAAUGCUAUGCUUCACCUCAGAUAUCACCGGAUAAAAUCAAAGAGACUGCUGACACCAUUUCUCCAGUGUCCACUAAACCACUCAAGGUGCACGAGGUGCUCACAGAAGGAGAAGUUCCUCCUAAAGACAUUUUGCACAGCAAAUACUUUGUAUCAGACUCCGUAACAUCAGAGAGUGAAGAGCGCUGCUUCAGUCCAGAUGACAGCACAGUGAAAAUGGCCUCUCCCGCACAUUCCGGACCUCCCAGUGCCUCUCAUUCUCCUCUGCGUCAGUCACCAGUGGAAGACAAGAUGAAGCUCUUCCCUGAUUUAGAGCCGCAAAAACAAGAUGAGGUCUCUGUUGUAGUCACCACCAAUGAAUACAAAGAUAAAAAGAAAGUCGAACGAGAGCAAACAACACAAAUAUAUUCUGAGAGUCAAGAAACACAUAAACAUGAUGAACAAAUCGAAACAUAUUUAAGCAAAUCUUCUGAGGACAUGAAAGGGGUGCAGGUGAGGAAAGAGUCAAUAGGUGACGCCUCAUUUGAAGGCCAACAAAAAGAAACCAUUCUCUCCUUUGUUGGAUCUCUAACAGACAUUCAGUCACCCAUAGCUAUUUCUGCACAACGUGAGCAGGAGCCUGAAGGUCAACAGAUAAAAACUCAAGUGCCUACUCCAGCUGAGUUUCCAGAAAAGGACAGUCAUUUCCUAGAUGAUGGUCAUGAUGAUGAUGAUGAUGAUAGAGGUGAUGAUGAUGACCAUGAUGAUAGACCUGUCAUCAAAUCAGUCAAACUUGAGGACAAAAAAGAAACAUAUGACACUUCUGAUGUCAGGCAAAUGAAGGAUGAGCAGCAGGAGAAAGCGGACACACAGGAUGAUGUCUCUGCUCCAUCCAUCAAGGAUGAGACAAAGGAAAAAGCUACAGGAAAAGAUGAUAUCGCUGGUGCUAAAGCCUUAAAGGACAGAACCACCACAGACAAAGAGUAUGCUGAGACAUCCAAAGAAAAAGAAAUGGAAAUUGUUAUUUCUGUGGUCAGACAAAGUGGAGAUGAACAGAAACAGAAGGAUGUGACACCAGAGGAGGAUUUUAGUGUCAAAGGCAAGGGUGAGGAAAAGGACAAGAAGAUUAAUACAGAUGAUUUGGAAGAUAUUAAAGGAAUUAAAGAGGAGAGUAAGGAUAUCAAAAAAGGCGGAACAUUUGAUGUUACUUCUAUCAUGCAUGAAGAGGAGAUUGAAAAAGUUCCAACUACACACGUUAAGUCUGUUCAAGAUGAGCCACAGAAAGAGUCUACCGAUAAAGCCGGUGCAGACGAAAAAAUAAGGGAUGAAAUCUCUGAUAUCAAAGGGCUCAAAGACGAGGAGACCAAAACCAGUACGACUACUGAGCCCUUCAUAGACACACAAAAAGAUAAACAUCUGGGUGAUACAGCUGCUGUUAAACUCCUCAAAGAAGAAAUGAGUGAGGACGAUAAAGUUGCUUUUACCGACACCAGUAAAGAAACAACGGGGCAAGAGCAGAGUGAAGACACCGUUUCCAAAAGCAGUUUUACUGAGCUAGAGGACAAGAACAAAAUAACAACUGGAGAUGCUGCAAAGGCAACCAUAGAAGAAGAGAGGCGUAAAGGUGAUAGUACCAAACCGACUCAGAUGAAAAUGGAAGGAGAAGACACCGUGAUUACUUCUGCCAUGAAACCAAUCAGAGAAGAAGAAAUGACCAAAGAUGAUAAGGCUGUGAUAAAAUCUACUGAGACUGAAGAAAAGAAAGAGAAAAGCACCAAGAGGCAAGUAAGGAUGAAAUGUCCACCAUUGGAUUUGAUAAGCUGGAGGAAGAGUAUAUCCAAAGAGCAGUUUGACAAACCAGUGUUGGAAGGAGAAAAGGAGGACGAGUCAAGUAAAGACAUCCACACUGCUGUCAGUCCUCCGAAGACCGAUGACAACAGACUGACAGGCAAAGACUCUGCUGCUGUCAAAACAUCCAAAGAAGAAAUUCAUAUGAAGGAUGAUAUAUUCACAAAACAAACCACACAAGAUGGAAGUGAGAGAGAAAAAGGUAAAGAUGUUCAGGCCGUCAAAGAUGUUCAGGCCGUCAAAUCAACGCAAGAAGACGACGCAGGGACGGCAGUGAUUGUGGAGGAAAUGUGUCCUGUAAAAUCAUUUGAGGUAGAGGAGGUUAGAGUUGAGGGUCAUAUAGUUACUGUCAAACCUGUUUCUGAUGCCAGACCCACCGAGGAAGAGGAGCAGAGCAAAAUCACUGCUGCUGUCAAACAGCAGCUCACAGAGGAAGAGAAGGCGGAGCCAACACAAGACAUGUCUGUAAAACCCAUUAAGGAGGUGGUGAAAGAAUCGCCAGAGGAUGAAACCAGUCUUACACAAUUUAAAGUUGAAGAAGGGGAAAAUGAAAAAGUUAAAUCUGAGAGUGAUAUUUCUGCAAAGACUGACAAAGAGGUGACACACAUUGAUAACAAAGACACAGCGGUGCAUGAGGAUAAAGAGCUCAAAAAGUGUGACACCUCUGACUACAAACCUAUAUUAGACGAUAUUAAAGAUAAAGACACUGAAAAAGAUGACAUGAAAAUGGAGAAACCAGUAGACACCCACGUUGAGACACUUGCAGAGGAGAAAGAGCAUCAAGUUGAAACCACUGAUGUAGAAAGAAAAGCUGAGUCUGCUGAACAGGAGAAAGAGACAGAGCCUAAAGACAGCACAUGUGGCACAGAGUCUGUUUUAAGACACGAAACAGAGGAGAUGUUCACGCUAUCUCCUCUCACCAAAGAUGAGAAAAAAGCAACAGGAAAAGAUGAGCCUUUUGGCUUUGAUUCUAAGCCGUUUGAUAAAAAAGAGGCAGGUCUUCUGAAGCCUGAGCCCUCAGAAGAGAAGACUGUAAAGCGUGUGUCUGUGUCUGACAUUCCUGAAGAACAAGUUACUCAAACACAAGGUCACGAGGAAGCCUUUGGUGCCAUCUCCAUAAAAUCAGAGCCACACCAAGCAGGCGCUCCUCGAACAGCAUCAAGUGAAGUUCUGAAAAAAGAGAAAGAACAAGAUCAGGACAAAGAAGAAAAAGUCACUAUUAAACAGGAAGAGAAGAUGGAUAGAGAAAAAGAUGACACACAUGUUGCUGAGCUGACUAAAGAACAGAAGAUGGAAAAAGAACAAGAAAAAGAAUAUGAGACUGAAGAGGAACAGACAAAACCUGAAGAAAAAGAAAUGUAUGAAGGCAGAAGUGCAAAAGAAAACAUUAUUAAAGCAGCAGAUAUUACUGACGUGAAGACAGAUGAGAUCACUGACAAAGACAAGUGUGAGCCUUCUGACGUCGACCACAGCAAGGAAGAGAAAUGGGAGCGAGAGGAAUUACAAGAAAAAGAUCUUGACAAAACCACCAAACAAGAUGCACAGACAGUAUUAGCUGCCAUGGCAUCUAAGGCCGACUACAAGCCUGAAUUUGUUGUCCAAUCCUCUGAUGAAGACAGAGAAGAAGAAGAGGAGGAGGAUAUGUGCAUGGGUGGGGCUGGCUCCCGACCAUUAUCAGUGGAGAGUAAAAAGUCUGCACACCCGCCCUCAUGUCAGACGCCACAGAAGAAGGACAGUGACAAAAAUACCAAAGUGCCAGAUGAAGCAGCUGCAGUGAUCCACAUACCCACAGCAACAAUGCAGGAGCCUUCUACAGACAAAGGUGUUGAAAAAGCAGAAGACACACCGUCACCUGGAGCUGGCAAAUAUUUCACAACUGAAGUGGAGCAGGCAGAGCUCUCGUUUGCUACUAUCACAUCAGUGGAGGAGACAGGUGGACAUGCUUCCAAAGACAAAACUAUAUCAGAUGUCGCGAAAGAAGAAGCGGUGUCAUCCGUGACUGAGAAAGAGCCCGUUUUUUCAACUGUAUCAAGCAGCGAUAGCCAACCGAGGAGCUGCACAGUGUCGAGCAUCGAGAGCCAAUCGAGUGCAAAAGAACCACUCCAGCUGGAAAGACAGAUGGCACUUCAGACAAGCACAGGACUCAUUGUUAAAGAAGACACCAAACCUGAGGAGAAGCCAGACAAGGAGGCAGAGAGGGAGAUGGAAGGAGAACGAGAAGUGGCUUCUCCAGGAAUAUCACAACCUUGUUUGUAUUUUAUGUCAGCCAAAGAAUCUGAGGACAUCACUGUUGACCACACGGGUGUAAAAUCAGACAGUGCCAUUACAGAAAAGGAAAGCAUCGCUGAAAUUACCUCACAGAUGCUUCAGAAUGAAUCACAAACCUUUGGUGUGUCCAAAUAUGAUCCGUAUGAAAAGCCAAUUCCAAGCGAAAAAAGUAAGGAUUCUCUUGGCUUUAAUCGUACGUCUGACAUUGGCAUUGAUGACAACAGGAGAGCAAGCCAGAUAGAGCCCAGCGGAGCCACGUUCCUCAUGGAGGAAGCGUACAAAGAGGAGCCGCUGUCCUUCAGUAGGGUAGACUACAGUCCGGUGUCCAUCGCAGAGAGUGAACAGAGGCACCGGAGUCAAAGUGUGUCUCCUGAUCGUGAAGACAGGGAGAAAGGUCAAGAGGAAGAGCGUGAGAGAGAAGAAAGACCGCAUGCAUCAUACGUCGAAAAGAGUUUUUCACAUGUAGACAUGCAAGACAACAAAAUGUCUCAAGCUGUCCAAGAAUCCUCUUCUUAUACUUUUAGUCCAAAAGAAGACAAACCAGAAAAAUCAGAGAAAGAAAAAGAGGAAGGCACUUCAGAAGCCUUUCAUACAGUACCAAGUGUCGCGAGUCACCCAACAGGUGUGAAACUAGAAACGCCUACUUCCUCGUGGAGCCGAUCAGAUCUUGGCGCCCAUGCCCCUCUCACUUACGGUGCUAUUGAAGAAUUCACAGAAAAAGACAAAGAAUCAGCUGGAUCAGUCAAAGAUAAGACCGAGUCUUCUGAUCAUGAAAGCGAGGGUUCUCCAUCAGGACGGCGCUCACCUGCUGAAAAAGAUAUUUUACCUCAGCAAACGUCGCCUUGUGAACGAGAAGAAGCAUUGCAGGCUGCCCCCUUUGCAACAUUUGUACAACAUGAAACUAAUUAUAAUGUUAGUGCAUCUGACAACAGUCAGAUAAGCAGCUCUGCCACCUGUAAAUCCAUGUUAGACCUUCCUGAUCAGAAAGACAUCGCGAUAGACAAAAGGCUGCUUGUUGAAGGGGAAGAUUUCAAUGAUGACGAGGAAGAUGAGGAGGAGGAGGAAGAAGAGGAGUUAAGUGAUGUAGACAUAGAAAAGGGCACCAGAGAGCAGUCUGAAAAAGAAAUGUGUGGACGCAGAUCUGACGAUAAUGUAAAUUUAGCAGAGACGGACUUCCAUACAAAAAUACCUGAAUCCAGCCUCCGUGAAGAAGGUGCAGUCUGUAAGCCUACAGCUGAUGAUGGCUCAACUUCCAAAAUCUCAGAUACAGAUGAACAUGAAAAAGCACCUACCUACAGUGAUGGAACCUCAAUCCAACUUCCAUUCAAAGAUACUGGAAAAACAACUUCAUUGCUGGACACAUGCGCCUUCAAACCAGACGAAAGCAGGUUUACUGUAUCUGGUGAUGGUGUUCGUCCAAAAACUGUUGAAGAUCUGGACAAAAAGAGUUUGUCUCCUGAGCCUCUGGAGGCGUCCUCAUCUCAUGAACACACCGGCUCCUCUGAAGGGCUGCAGUCAAAGAAAGGAGAUGAUACUGAAGUGUCACCAUCACCAGAGUCAACCUUUUUGACAAAAGACCAACAUCAGCUAAUAACCAUGACCAGCUCUGUGCCGCCUGAUCAUACAGAAUCUUCAUCCAAGCCCACAUCUAGUGUGCCACAUCUGCUACCAAGUGGCUAUGCCGAUCUUGGCGAAAGGAGAUCUGGAGAAAUUCCCUCAGACUCUUCUUUUUUCAAACAAGUAGGGGCAAAGAAAGAAGAGGAAAAAGAAUUUGAACUUUCAAGCACCUCCCCAUUGUCCCAGUUAAGUGAAGUCAAACAUUCUCAAAGUGACAUUCAGGAAGAACAUCUUGUAGCACGUCCAGCUCAGAGACAGACCCCAGGUAUCAGUACAAAACAUGAAGACUCUCCACAGACCUUUGAAGAAACUACAUCAUCAGAUUCUAUAUACACAACCUUGACAUAUUCAACAUCUGCAUACUCAUCUACGUCACAAAGGUACAUUGAAACAUUCCCGACAACAUCAAGCUCCGGGCUUAGGCAGGACUCUGAGGUGCCUACAGUCUCACCCUGUAGAGAUCUCCAAACAGACGAGUACAUGGUGGUUACUGCAAAACCUGCAAAAACAACUUCCCCUACAGAAGUAUCUGUUGCCGCUCAUUUGGAUGAGGCCAAACCAUCACUUCCUGUCUUGUCUGCCACUUCUGAAUACACUGUGGAUGAGUGCGGUUCUGCAAAGCCUGAACCUAAGGACACCAAGCAGAGCACAGAUAGUUUUUAUAUGCUAGAAACAAAGACGACAUCAUCAGCUACCACGUCAGGUGUCAAAAGGGCUCAACCAAUAAAACUGGCGGAGAGCUUUUCCACAUCGGAUGCUCACUUUGAUGUCUCUCCUCUCCAAAGGGCUGACUCCUCUGAAAGCAGCUCUCAGUGGUUAGAAGACAAGGAGUCUGAUUCGCUGGAAAUGGACACCGGUACUUUACCAUGCCGUGGUGAAUGUCAAAAACAGACUUGUUCAUCAGUAAGCCAAUCAUAUGGAAUAGAACAAUCUGCCACUAUAGCACCGUGUACUGCGUUUUCUAAACCUGAAAUCAUGACACAAACAACUCAACUCACAACCUCAGUUACUGUGACUUCUGUAAGCUCGGUAGAAGCUAUUAGUGGAGCUACCAAAGCCUCAUGUGCCAUCAGCGAUCUGUCCAAAUCAAAAGAGAAAAGAGAUGAACAGGAAUUAACUGGUCCAAGUUUAGUGGAGGAUCCCAAAGUAGUGGAAUCAAAAGAUAUGGAAAUAACUGAAAAGCAAGAUACGUUAUGUCAAGCCAGCACAGAGGAGAAGAAAGCUGCAAGUGAUGUGAAAAUGGGUGAAAGAACAGAUGUUGGGAAGCAUGGGGAGGUUGAAGAAGUCAAGGAGAAAACACUUGAGAAGCCAGCAGAGAAGAGCAAAAGUAGUAUUUCUGAUUGGGAGCUAUUGCAGAGGCCUGAAGACUGUCCAGGCGCUCCUCCUGCAGGUUAUGAGGAUCAUGCUAUACCACUGUCCUCCACAAAAGACAGCUUUUACACAGAUACCUCUGCUAAAGCACACGGACAGGCUGAUCGUCCUUGUGACUUGAACACUGGACAUUCCUCUUCUUCUGUCCCUUUCUCCUGUGAAUAUAAACAUCACAAAGGUGAACUAUCUCCAUCCUUUAUCAACCCCAGUCCUCAUCAGCUCUCCAGUGAUGAAGGUGAGGAGCACAGUUGUAGUGACCAAUCCCAAGAAGGCAAUAAAAGUGAUCAUGAAGAGCACUCUGUAAAGAAGAGGUCCCACAAGCAGAAGCGCCAUCACACCCAGAGUACACACGGAGAUGCUGCACAGGGACAGUUUCCUGGUGCAAUGUCACCUGGGUUAGGUGUGACAUUAGCUGGAGAGGAAACACCUCCAACAUCAGUAAGUGAGUCAUUGUCUUCACAAUCAGAUUCUGACGUUCCACCAGAGACUGAGGAGUGUCCCUCCAUAACAGCCGAAGGAAAUCUGGACUCUGAUGAAGAUGCUGAACAUCUGCCAGUGGACAAAUCAUCUGCAUCUGGAGUUGGUGCAAGUUACCGUCCUCCAUCACCAAGGUCAGCUCAAAGGAGUCAUGACCCCCAACCCACACCAAUGAAGGACCCUUUUCCCCACCCUCCCCACCCGGAUGUUUGUAUGGUAGAUCCAGAGGCUCUUCUCAAUGAUCAUAACACCAGAGAAAAGCUUGUGAAGAAGGAGCCAAAGGCCACCAAGGCCCUCAGAAAAGGCAAAACCAAGUCUGCCUCACCUGCUCGAAAGGGGGAAGUCAGGAAGAGAUCCUCAACUUCCGUGAAGCAGGCCUCUAAGGACUCCAUGUCACCAUGCUCAGCUUCCCUGAGACGGAAAGACACAGAGAAAAGCUCUCGGCUAAUUAAAAUGUCGGAGACCCAAGGUUCCAGGAGUGAGAUCCACAAUCCUGGAAAAAGCUUAACAAAUGGUGUCAAGAGCAGUUCAGGGACCAACACCCAGAAACCUACGUCAGCCGUUCCCCCUGGGCCACCUGUCUAUGUUGACCUCGCCUACGUUCCCAACCACUGCAGUGCCAAGAAUGUGGACCAGGAAUUCUUCAAGAGAGUUCGAGCUGCUUACUAUGUGGUGAGCGGGAAUGAUCCAGGCAGUGGAGAGCCCAGCCGUGGAGUCCUGGAUGCCCUAUUGGAGGGCAAAGCUCAGUGGGGCUCCAAUUUACAGGUGACUCUGAUCCCGACCCACGACACAGAGGUGACCAGAGAGUGGUACCAGCAGACUCACGAGAAGCAGCAAGGCCUCAACAUCAUGGUCCUGGCUUCUAGCAGCACCGUGGUCAUGCAGGAUGAGUCCUUCCCCGCCUGCAAGAUUGAAUUCUGAUAUCCAUUGGCUGUGCUGCGUGCGCUCCUGUCUGCCUCCUCCCUGUCAUCUGUUCACACCGGAGGUAGAACAGGAGCUCAUCGUACUCUCUGCUUCAUCAAAGCUUCUCACUCUCCCAUGAGUCCGGGCUCAGCGGCGUUACCGCAGCCCUCAAUAUGCUACAUUCCGUUAGCUGAAGUCAGGCAUGUCAGGUUUCUGCUUUCUGUGACAGUGGGGCUUAUUUUCUUUUAAAGCAUUUUAUUUUUGAUUUUUUUUUUUAUCUCAAUUACACAUCAGCCCAAAAUAUUUCUGAUAUAAGCACUAAGUACGGUACCGUAGCAACAACUGAAUUCAAGUCAUUUUUCGGUGAUGUAAUAUUUGAUUCUGUACUUUUGUUUUCUAUGGAAGUCGCAGUUGGGCCUUGUGUCUACAUGAUUACACAUAAUUAUACAAAUGAACUACAGGUUAGUGAGAUCAGCUCAUAAAUUAAACACAACCAAUAAAUUUACAAGUAAAGUGCCAAAACCUCAAGGAGAAAUAAAUAUCUCACAAGUUUAUCAACGGCUAAUUUCCAAUAUUCAUUUUCAACUGAGUUGUAACUUUUCUGCUUCUUAUUUAGAGGUUUUCUCAUCACAAGGUUUAUUCUUUGCAGUUCUGACGCUACAUUAUAGUGUUUGGAUUUUCUCAAUAAUUACAUGAAUUGAUGUUUUAUAUAUAUUUAAAAAAAUAAGACUUCUUGGUCACACACAGUGAUGUUUUUAGGAGGCACCCGAAGUUUAUUCUCUUGCAGAACUCUCAACGUUUAAAAUCUUGUUGGCUUUUACAGCGUAAUCGGUGCAUGAUGCUUGCGUUUUAGCUCGAACUCUUUCCUCUAACGGUCAGACGAUAUUAUAGAGUUAAUACUUUCUUGAACCGGCCUUCAAGUGUGGAAUGCAGUUGUAAUGUAGGUCGGCUAUUACACUGUUUGGCUAUCUGUGCUCACGUGAAUGUUAAUUCAGUAGGUGCCAGUCAAAGGGACGAUGGACACGGAUCACAUCUACAGAUCUCUGCAGUCUAACCAGGUGUCUGUUCAGGGUUUGGUUUAAUUUCUUUUUCCAUUGAUCAUAAUGCACAGUACGAAACAACGGUGACAAAUGUAGCAAUGAAAUCGUGUCCGUCCCUUCUGAAUGGAUAAUUAUGCCAGUGAAAACUGCAAUAAUAUGUAUUAUUGGGGUUUAUUUGUAGAUGUGUGUUGCAGGAGGUUGUAUUUAUGUGCCUUUAGCUCGUGGUACAGGAGCAGAGCAGGGGGGCAGAAAACAGGGUAAACCCAAGAAAAUAAUUCCAACACUUCGAAAUAUCACCAAACAGUUCAUCGGAUUUAAACUGCUCACAGUUUACUGACGAGAUCACGGCAUCUUCUUAUUCAAACUUUCAAAAUAAAGCAGAUAUUCCACAUGCU